AUGGGAAAACAUCGUGAUCGUUCAACGAAGGAAACCGAUGAUUUACAUCCAAAUCAUAGCAGAUUUAAAAGUCGUCAUUUGAAAAAACAUGUUUUGUCUCUGAUAUCACCAUUAUCGCCUCCACCAAUGCAUCAACGAAGUUAUUCUCCAUCAAGAUCACCAUCAAACGGUUCAUCAAAACGCCAACGGAGUAAUUCAAACCAUCGACAUCAACGUCCACAUUAUAAUUCUCAAUCAACUCCACCAAGCAGUAGUUUAUCGUCUCCAAAUCCAAUAUCUAUUAAACAACAACAACAAUUAAUUCAGAAUACAAUAGAAGAUCCAUUGCUUCUUAAUAAUGCUGGUCCAAAAGCGAAAGAAUUUGCCGAAACAGCGAGAAAAUUAUUAAGUAAUCCAGAUUUAGAUCCAGCAACUCAACAAAUUGUAAGAGCAAUGACACAAGCAGCUGUGAAUGUAAAAAAAAGGUUGAAUGAAGCUAAUAAUGGGCAUGAAGAUGCAACAACAGCAGCAGCUUUAUUAUCACCUACAUUAUCGACUGGAAGCUCCUCAUCGAUACCAACAACACCGCAACAAUCAUUCUCAAAUAGUAAACAUUUCUCUUCAUAUGAUACUCACUCAUCAAUGUCAACAACACUAAAUAAUGGCGAAAUACGUGAAGAAUUCGAUUUUAAAGGAGCUAUUGAACACGCAAUAAGUUUAAAUCAACAAGGUCAAACAAACGAAGCUCAAAAACUUUUAAAUUUAAUGCAUGAAAAAAUGUCACAUCACAAAGAACAUUCUUAUCAACAACAGCACGAAUCUCGUCAAUGCAACAACAGUGAAACACACAAUCAGUCUCAUACCGGUGAAUAUCAGUAUCAGAAACACCUAUCACAAGUAGCACCAUCACUUUCUUAUCCUACAGGUGCGAACAACAAUAGUGAUCAUCAAUUGUUUCUUCCUUCGAAAGACUAUUCGUCAAGUGGAACAUCAUUCAUGCCGCCAACACAAGCCUCAUUACCGCGUUUAGAUCAAGUUAAUGAAUUAUUAUCAAAUCCAACAGAAUUAAGACAUAUUUUAAACAAAGUUUUUGGCGGUAAUACUCAACCACCAUUACCUUCGAGCACUCCUCCUCCAUUACCGAUGGAACCACCGCCUCCAUUUCAUUCAACGAACAGUAACUUUUACCCACCAAUUGGUCAUCCGCCGAUUAACUCACAUCAUGAUAAUAACAAACAACAAAAUCAUCAUUUUAACAACAGUGAGAUGGGAUCAACAAGUUUACCGUACCUACCAUUAAUAAAUUCCCCUAACAUGGCAUAUCGUUCACAACUCACUAUGCCUACGCCAUAUAAUCGUCAACCUCCAUUCAUCUCUCCUCCAAUGGCGCCAACAACAAAUUCAACAAAUAAUCAUCUUAUUCUACCUCCACCUCCUGUUUCAUUUUUUAAUCGUCCUCUAUUACCCAACUCUCACUUUUUUCCGCCACCUCAACAAGAUCGAAUAUUACCUUCACAAAUGUCAAGACUUUCGUUACCACCUCCGCGAUUACCACAUAUUGAUUCGCAACAACAUUCGAAUCAUAUACAAUCACUAGAUAAUUCUUAUCAGAUUUCACAAACAAAACAAGUUGUUCCAGUAUCCCCACCACAACAACAAUUAUCAACUCCUUAUAAUUCAUCAUUGGCAUUUAUGCAAUGUGCUUCAUCACCUUAUUCUCGUCCUAAUUCACGUUUAUCCACAAAUCAACAACAACAGCAAAAUCGCUGUUUUUCAUAUAGAAAUGCAAAACAAAAACAAACAAAUCGUUCAUUUUCAUUUUCGUCUUCAUCUACAGUGGGAAACAUUAAUAACAAUGAGCCAUUAAUAAAAAACCAUGAUUCAAGUUCAGUUUUCGAAUCGAUUGUAGAAGAAAAAAAUGAUAACGAAAAUAAUCUACAACAAUCACAGAGUAACCAUUUGAACGAUGAUUAUGACUAUUAUCUUGAUAGCGAUCCUGGUUGUUCUGAUUUGGCUACUUACGAAGAAGGUCAAAUAAGUGAUAAUGACGAUUCUCAACAACAAUAUUCAAUUAUUAAUGGUAAUGAUAAUUUGGGAGAUGAUAUAACAAAAUUUCUUUUUCGCUGUGAUAUUUGUGGUAUUGGUUUUUUAAGUCAGGAUUCAUAUCAGAAACAUGUGCAAUCACACGUCAAGUGUAAAGAAUCCAAUUGUUUGUACAUAGCGUCCAAAAAACUUGUUCGAAUUCAUCAUCAAAAUUUUCAUGAGACUGGUCUUUGGGAUCGUGUUGGUAACGUGAAUACAGCUGAAGAUAUAGCUCGUUAUAUUUUGGAACGUCGAAAAAAUUAUCCAACCAGUGAAAAUGUAAAUAAAAAAAUGAAAUAUACCAACGAAAAAUGUGAGAGUAGCAAUAUUUUAGAAGCACAACAUUUUGGGUGA